AUGCAUCCCACCGGCCGAAAGCGUCGGGUCACCACCUGUGUGCCCUGCUACACUAGGAAACAGAGAUGCAACCGCCAGUACCCGUGCAACCAUUGCACCCGACGUCGACGGCCGGAGGAAUGUGUCUACCAGUCCAUCAUUACUGGAGACCCCUCCAACACUUUCCUCUUGGAGCCAGCGAGAGACCCUGAGCCCCAGGAACCACCCAAUGUCCAGUUACCAAAUGGAUCUUCCAAGGCCUCGCCUGCCGAGGCACAGAAUAGCGCGUCUAAUUCACACUCAGCUCUGGCUAAAUCCUUUGGCUACUUCGAGCACAGUGACUCCAAUACCAUGGCUCUGCUCAAAAAAUGGGAUCUGGACAGUGAAGGGGACACAGAUCAAAGCACCCAGGGCCUGUCAACUGCGGUGCUAGAGACAGUCAAACAAGUCCUGGAAAAAAUUCCUCCCCGUCCCAUCCUAGAUUUCCUGAUGCAGUAUUUCGUCGAUGAAUUGAACUGGAUGAAACAGAUCAUCCACCCACCCAGCUUUCUGACACAGUAUCAGCAUUGGUGGACUAAGGAGUGGCCCCUGUCUGUGGAUGACAUUGAGUUUGCCGCUCUGGUACUUCGGAUUGGUGCCUACUCGGCGCAAUUCCUGCCUUCUCCGACGCACACCCUUGAUCGGAUCCGGGGGCAGUCACUCUCAGACAUACGUGACACCUGCAGUCAUCUCGGUGGUGAGCUUGCCAGAGCCUGUCUGUCUCUAAACUGGAAAGGGUCUCUGGUCCGGGUCCAGCACAUUUUAUUUGCCGCUUUCAGAUCCUCUUGUGAAGGGAGGACUGAUAAAUUUUGGGAAGGCAUCGCCUCUGCUUGUAGUGCGGCGCAGAAGGCGGGGAUUCACACAGUGGCUCCAGUGCCGGGGGAAGAUAGUUCUCAAGUAUUAGAAAAGGAGAUGCGCCGGAGGACAUUAUGUGGGCUGUAUGUUCUGGACAGCCAUCUCGCCCGACAGCUUGACCGGGUCCCUUUUCUCCCUGAUAACCUUGUCCUUGAGACUUUACCCCGAUUACGUCUUGCCCCGUUUAUUGGCGACUUGGCUGCGUCUGCAGAUGCACCUGAAGACUUCACCGAGCGUCUCAUGCAAGUCCGGCUGGGCAGAUUCUGGAGAAGCUUCGGUUCCAGACGGAACCUACCGUACGACCCUACUCACGGCGAACAGCGGUAUGAGCGAUUCUGCGCAGAGUAUAUCCCUACCCUACCACCAGCCUAUGCACUGAAUCCAGAUCGGAGGUGGGACGGCCAACUUCCUAAAUUACCCAUGCAGAGACAGCUGCUCUACAUUGCCAUAUUCGAUUCAGUCUGUUGGAAUUUUCGUCCUUUACUGUUGCUGAAACCAGGCCAAGUCACCAGUCUACCCCCUUAUAAGCAAGUUCUUCUCCAAUCGCAGAAGCAGAAGCUGGCUCUGGCCGCUCUGGAAGAGCUGGAUGCCGUCACAGCUCUGCAUAUCAUGUUUGGAGGCUCCCACACGCGUUUCAGCGCCAUCAUAUUCAACACGUUUGAAGCCGCCGUUGUUCUUCUGAUACUUUGUACGCAGAAAGACUUUCCAUUUGAUCAAGGCGAGGAUCAUCCCGAUAUUCUCGGCUUAAGAGUGGCCACUCUGACUCGGCCCCGGGCAAUGCGGGCGGUUGAGAAAGCCCUGGGACGUCUUCAAAUGUUAGCUGAGGUCAGCGAAAUGGCUGCCUCUGGGGCACAGGUUGUGACGCAGCUUUUUGCGAAGGCUGCCAGGAUGGAGCAUUCCCUCGAGCCAUAUACACCUAAUGAGUCAAGCCGGAGCUCUUCAUCUCCAGCCAUCCUUUCGAACUUCCUCAACCUAGAAGACGGCUCUGGACUCUGGAUGUCUUCAGAGGAUCCGACCUUGAUGCCAGACAUGUUAUCCACAAUAGCGCACGGUGACUCAUACUCAAUGCUGCAAUUUCCCUCUCUAGACCUCACGUCUUGGAAUGGCAAUUUCCACUCGUAA